AUGGAACACUCGUCGACGUUCUGGCAAGCCUUCCAGGAGCACUACCCAGCGGUCCUGUGGGCGCUGUACGUGAACCUGGCCACGGUUCUCAAGGGCGUGGACGGGUCAAUAGUUGGUUCCCUGGUGGGUCUGGAGCCGUUUCGGCGGCAGUACGGGUACGAGUUCCGACCGGGGGAAUGGGUCAUCGAGGCGCACUGGUUGGGAGCGUUCAACUAUGCCAACAACCUGGGCUGUCUAGCGGGCGCGGUGCUCUCGGGUCCGGCAUACGAUGGGCUCGGUCCGCGGGUCAUGAUGUCGGCGUGCUGCUGCCUGUCGGUGGCCUUCACCUUGGUGCAGUUCUACAGCCAGACGCCGGCGCAGCUGUUCGCCGGGGACCUGCUCAACGGCUUCGCGGUGAGCUUCUUCCCCAUCUGUGCGAGCGCGUACAUCGGGGAGAUAUGCCCGAUGGCGCUGCGGGGGUUCGCGGCGUCCAUGACCAACCUGGCGUUCGUGGUGGGGCAGUUCACCGCGUCGGGCAUCCUCAAGGGUACGGAGACGAUCGACGGCAGGGCGGCGUACCUGGGGCCCAUCGCGGCGCAGUGGGCGCUGCCGGGUGUCAUCCUCCUGUCGGUGUACUUCUGCCCGGACCCGCCCUUCUGGCUGGCUAGGAGAGGACACGUCGACGAGGCCGCCAGGUCUAUACGCCGGUUGGCGUCGUCGGCCGUCGACCCGGGUCUCAAGCUGGCGCAUGUACGCGAGACGGUGCGUCUGGAGCAGGCGCUCAAGUCCGUGGCGGGGGAUGAUGGUGGCGGUGAAGAUGGGUCGUCGGCGCCUAGUCUGUCGGCCCUGUCCCUCGACGUCUUCAGGGGAGCCGACCUGCGUCGGCUGACGAUUUGCGUCAUGGCGUACAUCAUGCAGGGCCUCACGGGGAACGUGCUCUUCAUCAGCUAUGCCGUGUACUUCUUCCGGCUGGCCGGGCUGAGCGCCUCGGACGCGUUCAGCAUGAACCUCGGCCUCACGUCUAUAGGCUUCGUCGGCAAUCUGCUGUCCUGGCUGAUGAUGCCCUACGUCGGACGCCGCACAGCCUAUCUCUGGGGCACCUCGGCGCUCAUGACGCUGUGCUUCGUCAUCGCGACGCUGGACCUGGCACCCAGGGAGGAGGAUGCUGCUGGCGCUGGCGCGGGUGCCUUCGCGUGGGCCCAGUGCGCCCUCAUCGUCGUGUGCAACUUUGUGUACGACAUCACGCUGGGGCCCUACUGCUACGUCUUGCUAUCCGAGGUGUCGUCCGUGAGGCUGCGCGGCAUCACGGUCGGGCUGUCCACCGUGGCCGUCCAAGUCAUAUCCAUCCUUUUCGCCGCCGUCAUCCCCUAUGCCAUGAAUGAGGAUCGAGGGAACUGGAGAGGAAAGAUCGGCUUCCUCUUCGCCGGACUCUCGGUGUUCUGCGUGGCCUACUGCUACUUCUUCCUGCCAGAAACCAAGGGUCGGACAUUUGAGGAGCUAGAUAUCAUGUUUGAGAAGAAGAUAUCUAGUCGCAUGUUUUCCAGAUACCAGAUCAAUGGGGUCGUUGCAGCGAACGAGGAAUUAGAAUAG